UAACAGUGACCCCAGGGAGCCUCUGACUGCCGGACCAAUAGCCUCUACUGUCCUCCUGUGUCGCCCCUGGCCAGCCACACUGUGUCUCUUGUGUACGACACCAUCAUUGGUCGACUGUCAACGCUACAUGAUAGCUGACACAAGAGCUUGUCGCAUCUUAAUCAAGAAUUUUUCCACGAAUCCCUUAUUUCGUCCGGACGUAACCAUGGGGAUGACUCGGCCAAUUCACACCAAUACCCCAGUCAAGGGUAGUGGUGGUCGAAGGGAAGUCAAGGCUGUUGGACGAGGGGCGUUGGUCGUUGUGGAAGGCUGCGACCGAACGGGCAAGACGACACAGGCCAAGAUGCUCGUCGAGUCUCUGAACAACAUUGGAAAACCGACGGUCUUUAUGCGGUUCCCAGAUAGGGACACACCUAUCGGGGGGAUCAUCGACAGGUACCUCUCUUGCCAGCAGGAAAUGAACGACCGCUCUAUUCAUCUGCUUUUCUCGGCCAAUAGGUGGGAAUCGUUGGCUAAAAUAAUGUCGAACAUCAAGGAAGGAGUAAACGUCGUCAUCGAUCGUUACGCUUUCUCUGGGGUCGCCUUUUCUGCAGCUAAGGAGGGCAUGACGUUAGACUGGUGCAAGAAAUGCGACGUUGGUCUACCAAAACCCGACCUGGUGCUGCUCUUCGACCUGACCCCAGAGGAGGUACGGAAGAGGGGUCAGUGGGGCGAGGAACGAUAUGAGAAGGAAAGCGUUCAGAGGAUUGUCCGCGAGAACUACAACAAGCUGAUGGAUAGUUCGUGGAAGGUCAUCGACGCCAACAAGACGAUUGAUGAUUUACAAGAGGAAGUGAAGGCUGAAGUCAUCAAGACAAUAGACAUCGCUAAGGAUGAGAAGCUGAAGACGCUGUGGACUGAGUGAAGACGUCUACUGAUUGUGACAAUAUCCUAAUGUCUCUCACACUCCCUUUUCUUAAGAAUUUUUUACAUGUGUGUCUGUGUGACCUAUAAGACUCGCCUCGUACAGCCCUUAAACUAAAUACCGUCGGAAUUCCCGUUGCCACGUCUUGAAACGCUGGCCGAAAUACUUUUAACAUGAGCCCCAUCGUUGUAAGUUGGUACUCCUGCUGGCCAUAACAACGGCUAGAGAUGGGCGGGUGGUCUUUCAUGUGGGGCAUAGUAGUUAAUAUACCAGGUAAUACGUUAAGGUAUAUUAAUGUAAUGUAUAGAUUAAAUUGAAGUGUUUGAGAACAUAAUAGCUGAGAUUAACUACAAGCAUAAUACGUCUGAUUUAUGAAGAGUGGCUGUACUAGUCUAGUUAACAGCUACGGUAAUUUUGGGUCUACGUGUGAUCUACCACGUUAAUGAUGUGUGAAUUGUAUUGCUUUAUCGUUGAGAUAAUGUUUGUAAUCACGGGAGUUGUGGUGCUUGGUUAGGUUAGGUUAGGUUAGUACUGUAUACCACUCCCACCUCUACCAUUCACUUCUGGGGCUUACAAAAAGUUGAACAUAUUAUGACAAGAGAAUAAUUCAUUUUACUGUACAGUGCUACACUAAAAGAACAGAUAAUGUAAUGUAGAAGCUAAAUUUUUAUACAUUACAAGAAUUACUUUAAUCUUUCCACUAUUAAUCAUCAAACUUGUUUCUUUAAAGUAGUGAUCUCACUGUACCUGUAUGGCGGGAUAUUUUCACACCCUAUUGUUGUAGUGUGUCCCUAAGACGACCCAACGCUCCAGUAAUAUUUGUAUCCCAAUCUUAGUCUCAUUAUAGCAGUGUCAACAGAUGGUAGGUUAGUCUCAUAAGUUAUACAAAUAGUGCUGAAAACUCUCACUUCAUAUGGCAAUCACUUCACUUACUUUUUCCAUUCCUCUCUUUUUCUUUUCAUUCCCUCUUUAUCGUUCUAAUACUCACACUGCUAACAAUAUAUAUAUAUAUAUCCAAGGAACGACGACGACCCGAAAGUGCCCGAUGUUUGGAAUAAUACGUUUACGAAAAUUUUCUUUUAGGGACUGCCAUGAUCUGUGAGGACAUAUCUGAAAUUAAGAUUAAUAUUUUGUCACUUUAAAUUCAUAUACUCUUGUGGCACCAAUCCGAGUGUCAGAUAACUCCCUAAUUAUGUUUAUAUAUACAGUGGGGUAUGCUAUAACGAACGGAUCCUACUACGAAUAUUCCUAUAACGAACGGUUUUACCUAUAAGAUUGAGAAUGCUAUAACGAACGCAGAUGAAUACGGGAC